AUGAGUUUCGAUUGUUUGGUUUACGAUGAAUACGCGACGUCGUCGUCUUCAAAUUCACGAAAUGGUUCAAAGACCAAAGUGAAAAAGAAGAAUAGUUGGGGAUUCUGGGGGAAACAAGAUAGUACCACCAGUAGUUCUGUUCAGGAUAUCCACGUUCAUAAUAAGGCUCGAGUGUUCAAAGAGCGAACAAAUGCUUUCAAUGACCGACAGAGACGUGGUGCUAUGCGACGAAAAAUUCAUGAAGUCACCGGACAUAAAUUUAUGGCAUUAUUCUUGCGUCAGCCAACAUUCUGUGCUCAUUGUAAAGAAUUCAUUUGGGGAAUUGGAAAACAAGGAUAUCAGUGUCAAAUUUGUACCGUAGUCGUUCACAAGCGAUGCCACGAAGAUGUAGUGUGGAAAUGUCCUGGAAACAAAGCUGAUGCAGUUGAAGAACUCGGAAAAGAGAUUCAAGAAACUGGCGCUGGUCGUUUCAACAUUAACAUGCCGCAUCGUUUCUCAGUACAUUCAUACAAAAGGCCAACAUUCUGUGAUCACUGCGGAUCUAUGCUCUACGGACUUAUCAACCAAGGACUUCAGUGUUCAACGUGCAAAUUGAAUGUUCACAAAAGAUGCCAACGAAAUGUCGCUAACAACUGUGGAAUCAAUGCAAAACAAAUGGCCGCAGAGUUAGCACAACUUGGACUUACCGGUGACAAAAUGAGCAUUCGAUCGAAGAAAAAGCCAUCAAUCAUGACUGACACAAGCACUGAUGUAUCUGGAUCGUCAACUUCCGAUAACUCGGGUUAUUUACAACAAAUUAGUGAAGAUGAUUCUGGAACAACGUCAUCAUCAAGAGGCUCGAAGGUUCCUGGUGGCACCCUAUCUAUUCAUGAUUUCACUUUUAUGAAAGUACUUGGAAAAGGAUCUUUCGGUAAAGUAAUGUUAGCUGAAAGGAAAGGAACUGAUGAAGUUUAUGCUAUCAAGAUUCUGAAAAAGGAUGUGAUAGUACAAGAUGAUGACGUGGAAUGCACAAUGUGUGAAAAGAGAAUUCUAUCGUUAGCAGCGAAACAUCCAUUCUUGACAGCACUGCAUAGCUCAUUCCAAACUCCCGAUCGUCUAUUCUUUGUGAUGGAGUAUGUAAAUGGUGGUGACUUGAUGUUCCAAAUCCAAAGAGCUCGAAAAUUCGAUGAAAGUCGAGCUAGGUUCUACGCUGCUGAAGUAACUUGUGCUCUACAAUUUUUACAUAGAAAUGAUGUUAUUUACCGAGAUCUGAAACUGGAUAACAUUCUUCUCGAUGCUGAAGGUCACUGUAGACUUGCUGAUUUCGGAAUGUGUAAAGAAGGAAUCAACAAAGAUACACUGACGAGUACAUUCUGUGGAACACCUGACUACAUUGCACCUGAAAUUCUACAAGAAAUGGAAUACGGUGUAUCGGUUGAUUGGUGGGCUCUUGGAGUACUAAUGUAUGAAAUGAUGGCUGGACAACCUCCAUUCGAAGCCGAUAAUGAAGAUGAUCUAUUCGAAGCAAUUCUCAAUGAUGACGUGUUAUAUCCGGUGUGGCUCUCGAAAGAAGCUGUCAACAUUCUGAAAGCGUUCAUGACGAAGAAUGCGAGCAAACGACUCGGAUGUGUUGUGUCGCAAGGUGGUGAAGAUGCUAUUCGAGCACACCCAUUCUUCCGUGAAAUUGAUUGGGAUGCGUUAGAAUCGAGACAAGUGAAACCGCCAUUCAAACCGAAGAUUAAAUCAAAACGCGAUGCCAACAACUUUGACAGUGAUUUCACGAAAGAAGAACCCGUCCUGACGCCGAGUGAUCCAGCAGUGGUUCGUGCGAUCAAUCAAGAAGAAUUCCGCGGUUUCUCCUUCAUCAAUCCGCAUUUCACAUACUAA